AUGACUUCGUCGAGCGAUGGCCGCCCCGGCGGCAACGGCCCCGAGCAGCAGCAGCAGCAGCAGCAGCAGCUCGCGCACGCCUCUGCUGGUCCUGACGCCCCGACUGUCGACCUUGACCUUGGCCUUGACCUUGACCUUGACGAUGCUGCUGCUGCUGCGGCAGUUGCGACCGCGACUGCAGAGGCAGCUGCUCCCGACGCCACUGCUGCUGCGGCUGCCAGCACCACCUCUACCUCUGCAUCUGCAGCACCUGAUCAAGCUCGAGCUGCGCAGCUUCCCUCCGACCCUUGUCGACAACAACAACAACAACAACAACAACAACAACAGCAACAACAACAGCAGCAGCAGCAGCAGCAACGACAACAACGACAACAACCUUCGACCCCGAAGCGCAAUAGUGACGCGGCACCAUCGGCAUCCUCCGUCAACUCCGUGGCCGAAGCGUCCCUCGAGCACGCCGCCAGCAACCCGUCAGCCGAUCAGCCUAUGCCGGAUGCUCCCAGCGAUGCUAACGCCGGAACCGUCGCCGUGACGGACCAGGCACACAUUCUGGCGCAGCCUGCUCCGCUGCAGCAGGCGCCGCAUCCUCCCAACGUGGCCAGCGUACCCAACGUACCCAACGUGCCUGCAGCCGACCACUUCCCGUCUUCGUCGUCGGCGCCCUUUACUCCCUCCAAGCUGGCAAAUCUCGAGCAGCAUGCGUACAUGAUGAUGGCCCUCGCCUCCAUGUCUGCAGCACCCAGCGUCAUGUCUCCGCCGCCCACCGUCACCCCUUCGCAGGUCACAUUGCCCCCCAACCUGCUGGACGACGGGCUGAACGGGGCCGCGCCAACGAAUGCUUUGCGGCAUGGCAACGCCGACAAGUGCCUGGAGUCGUUUGCUCGUGUAGAGUUUGCCGACAGCGUCUUCCAAAUGACCACAUAUGCCCUCAUCAUUGGUCGUGAUCAGCGAGCCAUGGAGCAGGCGCGGCGCGACGAGAAGCGCGCAGACGAGUACAAGCGCCGCGUGGAGGAGAAUGCCAGCAAGGGCUUGCCGCCGCCGUCGCCCAUCCGCAACGACAGGAGCAAGUUUAGCAAAUCCUAUGUCAGCGAGGAAGGCGGCAUGCUGGGACCGGAAUCCGACAGCGAGGGGAGCGGUCGGCCCCCGAAAAGGCGAAAAACGAGCACCAAUGGCUCCUCGCAGCACGAGAACGAAGAGCCGCAGGAAAACAACAUCAUCUCCAACCGCCAAUACGUGUCACACACUCCCGGCGCCGCAGCCGUCGACCUCACAUCCCUGCGGCCUUCGCCCUGGCACGUUCCCUUUAUCGGCAUCCACUCCCCCGGUCCCAACAUUGCCAGCAAGACCAAGGCCAUAUCGAGGGAGCAUCUCAAGAUUGCCUACAAUCAGGAGCAAGGGGUGUUUGAAGCCAUUCCUCUCCACAAGAACGGCUUCUUCUGCGAAGACGUUCACUACAAGAGCGAAAAAGUCGUCUUGAAGUGCGGCGACCGAUUGCAGAUCAAGGACGUCGAUUUCCAAUUCAUCAUCAACGGCGUCGAGCGUGGCCGGACGGGUGCGGAAGAGUGUCUCGACGAGGAGCCUCCCAAGAACCGGCACACUCACGGCGGAAAGGAAAUGAGCUUCGACUUUGAGCAAUCCCACGGCAACGGCGAGAUUCAAGACACCAGCGAUGAGUUGUCCGAUGUCGAAGUCAGCCCUCCCGAGCUCUCUGAUGACGCAGACGCUGAAGGGGAAGCUGGUGAGGAUGAUGAAGAGGGCCAGGACGGAGAGGACGGAGAAGACGGAGAAGACGGACAAGAUGGACAAGACUGCGCGGGCGAGGACGAUGAAGCAGAUGUGGCAGAUGAGCCGGAGCUGAAAAUGGAGCCAACGGCCGAGCUGGAUUUGUCGCUACCGCAGAUACCCAAGAAGAGAGGACCAGGACGGCCGCCCAAGAACGGCAUCAUGUCGAAACGGGAGCAGCGGCUGCUCAAGAAGCAGCAGCAAGAGAUGGCCAAGAAGACGCUUCCCGAAGCCUCGGCAACAGUAGAAGCGCCGGUCAAGCGAAAAGUGGGAAGGCCGAGGAAGCAUCCCCUGCCAGAGGAAGGCGGAGACCGACCCGAGAAGCGCAAGUACAAACCGCGCAAGCCCAGGGAAGACGGAGCCGAGGGUUCAGAUGCCGAGAGAAGAGCGCGGGAGAAGAAGGAGAAGAAGGCUCGGCCCAAGUCGCCUCCCUUGGAGCUCAAGAUUGAGGACUACACCGAGGAACAGCUUCAGAAACCAAACAAGAAUUACGGCGUCCUCAUCGACGAGACGCUGACCGCCGCACCCGACGGCCUGACGCUCAAGCAGAUUUACAAGAGAAUAUGCCAGAGAUACCCGUGGUUCUACUUCCACACCGAGACAAAGGGCUGGGAGAGCAGCGUGCGGCAUAAUCUGAUUGGCAACGAGGCCUUUAAGAAGGACGAAACGACGAAUCUGUGGUCCCGGGUCCCCGGAGUAGAACUAGAUGCGGGCAAGAAGCGCAAGGCUUCCUCACCGGACAGGAACCUGGCAGGCCAGGGCUACGGGCCGUACCCUUACCCCUACAACGCAGCUCAACACGUGGCUCCCGGAGCUUCGCCCGGUUAUCCUGCCGGCCAAGCACCACCCGGCUACCAGGUUCGCGGAUAUCCGCCGCCGCAACCCAGUCAAGUCGCCCGCCCCAUGCAGCCCUAUCCACCGGUUCCGGCAGCCCAGCCCGGCCAGCCUGGGCAACCCGGGCAACCCAACCCCCCAGCAGCAGCAGCAGCAGCAGCAGCAGCAGCAGCAGCAGGGCAACCACCGGCCCCUGCACACAUGCCUGGCUACGGGCCUCCGCCAGCGCCGGCGACGGCGAGGGCAGGGCUACCGCAACCCGGGACGUACAGCUCGCCGUACUCAUCACGCCCGCCGCCUCCGCCCCCGCCUCCGCCUCCGCCCGUGUCAUCAACUGGUCCUGUGAAAUCGGAACCUGGCGCGUCACAGCCAGGUACGCCGGCGGCCCAGCAACAACCUCACCUGGCGGCCUCGGCUGUCCCUACCGGCGGCGCAGGAGGUGCAAGCAGCGCAUCAGGGCCAAGCGCAGCUCGCCAAGCGCCGGCGCCAACGUCGGCGCCAACGUCAGCGCCCACGUCAACGGCAGCCCCAGCGCCUGGUGCAACCCGCCCCUCGGCAACACCGCCCGCUGCUGCCCCGACGAGGCCAGUGAUUGAACCACGCUUGUUGGCGGCUGUAGUCGGGCUCAAGAACGGCCUCGUCGAUAACUUGAAGAAGGCACGGAAUCCAAAGGCCGAGGCCAUAGUCAUGUCCGCCCUGAACCGGUGUGUCGGCCUCAAAAAGGAAGCCACGGAAAACGACAAGAUGGAGGCGAUAUGCAUCAAGGGCAUUCGCCAGGUCAUUGAGGGGUUCAACAAGAACAAGAGCCCCACGCCGGGCGGGUCCUCGUCGGAAACGCCGCCCAUCUUCGAAGCCAAGGUUCUGGCGUCCCUCAACGGGUUCAAGGAUGUGUCGGUCAAGGCACUCAAGGGACGGCUGGGGGAGGCGCGGGCCGAGGCGGUCACCUUGUCUGCCAUUGACCGGGUGCUUGGCUUUGCCGAUGCGAGCAUCGUGGCCCAGGGCGAGGGGGAGUCGUCGAGCACGAGCACGAGCACGAGCACGAGCACGAGCAACUUUGAGGGCGUGGAGCAGCACCUGAUCAAGUCUAUCCGGCAGCUUUUGAUGGGCAUGAACCAGAAAGUGCGAGAUGCGUGA